AUGGUAGAGCAACCCGCAAACGUGGAUGCCGCCGUGAAUAUCCCAGUUGUGGUUGAUUCAAACGAUGAUGGAACAGUCGCCCAGGAACUGGAAUUAGAGCAUAUGAGGAGUAUAUUGGAAGAGGCGAUUGUGGAAACGCGCAGUACGCCUCUCGAAAAUCGACCGCGACUUCCCCGCAUAGCCCUAAGCAAGCGGAAUCGGGCUGUCGUGAGGGCUCUGAACCCAAUGCUGGUUACCUAUUUGGAAGCCAGCCGGGACCUUUGCGAGACGGACUCAAUUCUUUUUGGCGCCGCGCUGGCAGUCUGCCGUAUCAUAGGCGCCAGGGUUUCCACGGCUGGACGCACUACUGGCCAUAGUAGCGCUAUCCCAGCAUGGAGAAGAAGAAUUGAGGAACGUAUCGCAAAGGCGAGAGCUCUCAUCGGCAGACUGAUAUGCUUCAGAUCAGGCAACAACAGGCCAAGAAUUGUGCGCACCGUCGGAUGGCGUUUGCUGGGACAAAUGUCAGUUUGUUUGACCAGGGUACCACAGACCCGAGCAAAUACCGCCCCAUCACGUGUCUACCGACCAUAUACAAGACACUAA